UUAAAAUUAAAUUAAAUUCUACUUUAAUCAUGCUUACAUAAAUUCUAUCUUAAAUCCGUCUCCUCCAAUGGCUCCAGACUCCUCUGUCUCACUCCGAUCUUCGUCUAGCUCGGAGACGCUGAGGCCUUUUCCGCCAUCGAAAAGCCCUGGUUCUGGUCUCAUUUUUCACUCCAAGAAUCGGAAAUUCGGAAGAGGAAGUCUCGCUUCUGCGUCCGCCGCCGGUUUCAGCAGCUCUCGGAACGCCGCCAUGUCCGGACCUCUGGAUCGUUUCGCAAGGCCUUGUUUUGAGGGGUUCUCUAGCCACGACGAAAGAAGGGAAAGGAAAUCGGAUUUUGAGAACUCGGAGGAGGAGAGGAGGACUGGAAUUGGUGGGAAUUUGAGGAAGAAAGCAAUCAAUGCGUCUACUAAAUUCAGACGUUCUCUCAAGAAGAAGAGGAGGAAGAGUGGUGGUGGUGGUAGUAGGCUGUCCACUUCGGUUUCGAUUGAGGAUGUAAGGGACGUCGAGGAGCUACGGGCUGUUGACGCAUUUCGGCUGGUGCUUAUUUCGGAAGACUUGCUGCCUCCAAGACAUGAUGACUACCAUAUGUUGUUGAGAUUUUUGACAGCAAGGAAGUUCGAUAUCGAGAAAGCAAAGCAUAUGUGGGCCAAUAUGAUUCAAUGGAGGAAAGAUUUUGGUACUGAUACAAUUUUGGAGGAUUUUGAGUUCAGCGAGUUGAAUGAAGUUCGAAAGCACUACCCUCAGUUUUAUCAUGGCGUUGACAAGGAGGGAAGACCUGUUUACAUUGAAAGGCUGGGGAAAGUUGAUCCCACCAAGCUUAUGCAAGUGACUUCCUUGGAACGGUAUGUGAGAUACCAUGUGCAGGAGUAUGAAAGGUGUUUUGCCAUUAAGUUUCCAGCCUGCUCUAUUGCUGCAAAGAGACAUAUAGAUUCAAGCACAACAAUUAUAGAUGUUCACGGCGUGGGUCUUAAAAACUUUACCAAGUCUGCACGAGAUCUCACGGAGCAGCUGCAGAAGAUUGAUAGUGACAACUAUCCUGAGACGCUUUGCCGAAUGUUUAUAAUCAAUGCUAGUUAUGCUUUUAGGAAGGUGCUCUGGCCUACAGUUAAAGCGUUCCUCGAUGCCAGAACAACCAGCAAAAUUCAUGUUUUGAGUAACAAGUACCAAAGCAAAUUACUUGAAAUAAUCGAUGCAAGUUGCCAUGAGUUUUUAGGUGGUAGCUGUACCUGUUCCGAUCAGGGAGGAUGUAUGUCGUCUGAUAAAGGGCCAUGGAAGGACCCAAACAUACUGAAGAUGGUAAUUAGUGGUGAAGCACAAUGUUUCAGACAAAUAGUUACAGUUUCAAACAGUGAAGGGAGGAUAAUUGUUUGUGAUAAGCCACGCAAUCCAUUGAUAAGAAGUAGUGAUACAUCUACCGCAGAGUCUGGAUCUGAAGUGGAAGAAAUGGGAUCACCUAAACCAACGAGGAACUACUUACAACCUAAGUUGACUCCUGUUUGUGAAGAAGCUAGGGUAGUCGGUAAAGCGAGCAUUGCUACCGGCUUGCGGGAGUACGAUGAACUUGUUCCCAUGGUUGACAAGGCUGUGGAUAUGGGAUGGAAGAAACCAGAAUUACAACCACCACUUGCUUCUAGAGGGGCAUCUUCUCCAAGAUCUGUGGGGAAAACAACAGAUGCCAUGCGUGCUAAUAUCUGGACUAUGCUUGUGGCAUUCUUUGUAACCCUCAUUUCAGUAUUCCGAUCUUUUUCACUGCGAGCGACUAAGAAACUUAAAAACUCUGUUUCUGAUUCUGCCCACAAGAUUCCUGACCUAACCGAUGAGUCAACUGCCGUGGAGGAAUUCAGGCCCCCAUCACCCGUACCGGGGUUAUCCAGGGAAAACCUUCUCUCAUCUGCUUUGAAGAAGCUUGGUGAACUUGAGGAGAAGGUAGAUAUGCUGCAAGCAAAGCCUCUUGAGAUGCCUUAUGAGAAAGUGGAGCUACUGAAUGCUGCUGUUUAUCGCGUAGAUGCGUUAGAAUCAGAGUUAAUUGCAACAAAAAAGGCUCUGCAUGAGGCUUUAAUGAGGCAGGAAGAACUUCUUGCCUAUAUAGACAGGCAAGAACAGGCCAAGCUUCAGAAAAAAAGAUCUUGCUGGUGAAGACAAUCUCUGCUUCAAGAGGACCUGCGUGUGACAUUUUCGUCAUGCUUUCCUUGUAUAUUUGAGAUGCAUCCGCACAUACCAAGUUCGUCUCUCCAGAGGUGCUGCUGUUUUUGUUUGUAAGCUUCCUUCUACGUUACGCAUUAUAAUAUUGUGAAUAAUGUAAAGUAUUAUAUAACAUUCUCGAGUUCUUCUGUAUCGAACUUUCUGUUUGUGCAUACAAUGGCUCUUCGAUUAUAAUUUAUUUAUAGAAUGGAGAAGUUUACCACA